AUGACCUCCCACGUGGUUCUUCAGUCCUCUGAGUACUCUCAGUGCCGCAAGACAAAAGUGCUGAUGAUAAAUGCAGUGAUCCUCUUUGAAAAUGAGGUUAGAACAGCUGAUGUUAUGGAAAACAUCCAGUACUAUCCAGACUUUGUAGAGUUUGAAUUCAAAGAGGGCAAAUACUUUGUAGGCCAGUGGGGAGGUGGGGGGAUGCUGGGGGGGAUGCUGGGGAGGCUGCUGGGGUGCAGCCCUGGGCUGUGGCAGCGGGUGGCUCGGCCGGUCCUGCACCCCACCAGAGCCAUCGGUGACAAAGCGAAGGGCGCUGAGGACGCGGCUUUGCAGACGGCUAAUCCAGGUUACAAAGCUUUCAAAAAGGACAGAAGGACUACAAAUUUUGAUAAAAAGGUGUUAGUAUGGGCAGGACGCUUUAAAAAGGAGGAGGAUAUUCCCAAGUACAUAUCGUCUGAGGUCCUCGACGCAGCAAGGAACAAUGUCAGGAUAAAGGUUUGCUACGUGAUGAUUGCACUGACCUUGCUGGGCUGUUUGGCCAUGGUAAUCACAGGCAAAAAGUGAGCUGCUAAAAGGGAUCACACACUGCUGAAGAUGAACACAGAAAACAAGGCCAAAUGGAGGGCUGAAGUGGAGAAAGAUGAAGAGGCAGCUGUUGAGAAGCCACAAUGA